AUGGCCCAAAAACGUGAUUUAUGGUCGAAAAAAGAGUGUUUAGCACUUCUUUCAGCAUAUGGGACGGAGGAAAUUCAAAAAAAGCUAGAAGGUACGCACAAAAACGCCGAUAUUUAUCGAAAAAUCAGUGAUAUUAUGAAAAAAAAGGCAUACACCGUGAUUGGACGCAGUGCAGAACUAAAUUUAAACACAUGAAGUCGGAAUAUAAGAAGUUUAAAGACAACCUGUCGCGUUCUGGAGCUGGGAGAGGCAAAGAACCCAAUUUUUUUCAGAUAAUGGACGGUUUUUUGGGUGAUCGACCAGAAGCAGAAGGACUGAAAAACAGUAUUGAUACAUCUGGUGAUGCUGCAUGCUCAUCUGCUGGUGCUGAAAUUUCAGAAACUACAAGCGUUGAUUGACUCGGUAAGUUAUUUUGGCAGACCAUUAGAAAAGUGAUGGGGGUGGGGGGUGGGGAGGGAAUUUUUCAGCUUCCAGGAAUAUUUUUUCUGGCCGUCUCCUUGUGCUGAAUUUUUUUCUCGGAAUGUUAAAGGUAUUUUCCUUUGCUUUCCCUCUUUGCACGAAUUUUUCCCUUUCGUUUUCCUUUGCGCGAUCCCCCCCAACAUCAAUUUUCUAAUCAGUCCGCCCCUAACAAACAUAAUUGUACAUGCAAGGUCAGGGAGGUGGGUCCGGGAUUGAUACACCGAGGGAGCUGGCUGGAAAUGUUUUUUUAUUCUUGUGGCUAGAGGUGAAAUAUUUGUUUCAUUUUUUCUAGGUGACGAACUUAUUGAAAAGUAUGGCGAGGGAAGAAUUAUUGAGAAAAAAUGUCCUCAGUACAAUGAGAUGGUUGAAGUAAUGACAGCUGGUGCUCAUAUUGGAAAUAGCACAGCAGUAUACACUGAUGAUGAUAAACUUGUGUGUCCAUAUUGCGAUUCCAUAGAACCAGGUAAGUAAUAAGACAUUGUGUGUGUGUACCAUAUUUUUUGUAUUAUUAUUAAGCUGCGGUAACAAACAUAAAAUAUGUUGUUAUGUAGAUAUUAAUGAUAAAAAUGACGAAGCAAAUGAGAAAUCUGAAGCUUCCCAUAGUGAAGAGGCUAUCAAAUCCGCCAGCAAGAAAAGUAAACCAAUUUCGGGCAAAGGAAAGCCUUCUAAGAUGCAAGUGGCAUUUGAAAACGCGAUGAAGGAACACAACACAUAUCUAAAAGAGUCUGACAAAAUGUUUUUGUCAGAAAUGAAAGAAGAAGGAGCAAAAGAACGAGAGUUGCGAAAGGAAGAGCUUGCCGCAUACAAAGAUUCAAUGGCGCUUCUUGCAAAUGCAAUUGCAGGGAGGUCACAGCCUGUUCAACAACCAUAUUAUAAUGUUCACCAUGAUAUUGACAGUCAACAAACAUUUUACAAAUUUUAA